AUUUUUUUCAAUUUGAUGAACAAUCCGUUUCAUCCAUUUUGCCAAUCGUUUGUCCCAGCGGACACUCAGAUUCCGUUAGAGAUUCAAAAGGUCAUCGGAGAUCAACUAGGAUUUGUAUAUCUCGUCGAUAGCAACAAGGUUUACAGGGUUACAACACCAGUCCGUGUUUUGACGUGGAAUCUUUCGGCUAUCAGAGGGUUGGCGUUCAAACUCCGGUCGGCUUCUAUAAUAAGUGGAGGUGAAACGGGAACGAAUUCAACAGUUGAACGCAAUCUACCGAGUCAACAAAAAGCCAUGCUAUCCGCGCUUGUUUUCACCGUUCUCCUCACCUUUGUCUCAGGAGCGCCAAAUGGCGGGACCGGACGAUUGAUAGGUGGCUCUCAAGCAGCUGCAGGUCAAUUCCCGUUCGUCGUUUCCAUUUCUCGAUUUGACCAACACAUUUGCGGUGGAUUCAUUUACAACGACAGGUGGAUCGUCACGACAGCCAAAUGCAUUUCUGGGAAACCAAAGGAAGAAUUGAAAGUAACUAUUGGUGCCCUGUCAUUGAUCACACCUGAACCGGAGGAGCAAAUCAUUACCAUUUUGGACAUGGUUGUGUUUGACCUGUACGAAGAAGCGACUCAAAAACACGACAUCGCUCUUAUCGAGCUUUCCAGGCCGAUCGUGUUCGGCACAAAUGCUCAACCAAUCCGUUACGAUGAAAUCGACGAACUGGCCACACCGUGGGACGCUAAAAUCGUCGGAUGGGGAGCAACUUUUGAAGGUGGAGUUCCAGCCACGAGAUUGCGUUGGGCCCCCAUUGACGAUCUCGCAGCUGACUGUCGUGCUUACGGUAUUGACCAGUACGUUCAGAAUUUGAUGAUUUGCGCUGGCUCGACAACAGGAACCAUCUCUCCAUGCCAAUAUGACGAGGGUACACCUCUAACGCAAAUCGCUAAUUACGGAGGAGUCCAGGAAGAAAUCGUUGUCGGCAUCAUGUCGAAGAAUCAAGGCUGCACUGACCUGACUAUUCCAUCCAUUUACACUCGUUUGGCUACCUACUAUUCGUGGCUGCUGCAGACGGCAGGACAGCAACCGGCUCCCACUCGCACCUACGUCAAUUCGAAAUAGAAUGUUGUCUUUACUUUGUGUAAUAUUUCUGAGUCCUACAUAAAUCGUCAUCUUAUAGCCAGA